CCAGAAAAUAUACAUUUUUUCGUGUUUUGAAAACACACACACAUGACGAUUCCCGUCGUGUCAAUGCCAGUAGAUUUGAUAAGCUAUAAAAUGAUUAUUAUCUCUAGUAUUUGUAAGCCAAUUUGAAAUUGUAUGUGAACAUCAAUUUGUUAUGGGAUUUUAAUCCAGUCAAAUGAAAACUAAUAUAAUAAUCACUCAUGCUUGCAAAAUGACACUGCGCGAAUUGUAAACACAAUUGUCUAUUAGAAUUAAGGUCAGUCUAGAUAGCGAUAAUUGUCAAACAUUCCAGUCAACAAUCUCACCACGCCACUUGUGACCAACGUCACAACCGUUCCUGACGGGAAAGUAUUCUGUUAACGCAGAAAAAAAGAAGGGAGACGUUCUUCUUCGUCGGACGGUCCGACUCGGACCGUCGCCCAAGUAUGACCUAUUAGAGAGUUGGUGCGCAUUUUCGAUAACGCAAUCGAUUUACCGCAAAACUAAGUCAUUUAAUUAGCGGGAGAUUGCUUAUGUAUUUUCGCUGAUCAAAAGAAGCGAAAUACAUUUAUCCGACGAAUUUCUUCUAUCAUCGGCGUGAAGUCGAUGCACCAUGUGAAACAUCGAGACAUAACCAAAGAUUUGGAGCGAAAUCCUCGCGGAAAAUGAAUUGCAUUGCCGCGUGUGUUUUACAUUCAUUUGUUUUCUGGGCAACAACAACUUUAUAAAAAUUAGCGAGCUAGCAAAAGCAAUGAAACCGGGACCAAUUAAAAGAAACACAAACUCCGAAUAUGCUGUUCAAACGCCAGUGAUUCGACAUCAGGCCAAUGCGCGGGAAAGACAUCGCACACAUAGUGUAAAUUCCGCAUUUUUAACAUUGAGAGAAUUAAUUCCAACCGAACCAAAAACACGAAAACUAUCGAAAAUUGAAACACUUCGAUUGGCCAAAAGUUACAUCGAACAUUUAUUUGCAACGCUGAUAACAGGCCAAUCCACCAAACCAUGUUUAUAUGCAGCACAAAUGAAUAUGAACAAUUCAUAUAAUCAUAUACCACGAACGAGGAACAUUUGCACAUUUUGUGUUGCCACAAAACAUCAACUCGAAAAUCCUUGAAUGUGAAGCAAUAAUUUAUAAAUCAGUGCCUCAUUAUCCAAAAAUAGUAUUAAUUAGAAGAAAAAAAAUACAAAUCACAUUAUUCUCGUUAAACAAGUGCACUUCAACUAUUUUGGUAUACAAAGUGUGAAAAUAAUGAGAAAAUACUCGAUUUAUCCGAUCCAAUUGAGUGGUGAAAAUGUGCUCUUUAAUGAAACGAUUAGACUCAAAGUAGCUUGGGCUGUACAUGCUCUCUGAAUAAUUCUAUGAAUUAUUGCAAAAACUGUUGGUAUUUGAAGUUUUAAAAUAGUACAGUAGAUCAAAUGUGUACUAUGUACCCAAAUGUGUAGCGAAUGCAAAAGUGGACAUGAAAGAGGUUAAAGCCGAAAUUAGAUUUACAUUACACUGAAAGAGAACUAUAAACACUUGAAAAUUGCCACUUUAACGAAUAGAAUGUCAGAUCAAACACGAGCAAGUAAAUUAAUUUAAAUCGUUCUGGUUCCGAUUUUAAAAUAAAUAUCGUCGAUUAAAAACUAACAGAUCAAAAUGGUUAAAUUUUAUUUUUAAAAUAAAUUUAUGGUGAGCAAAAUUUAAUAAAAAAAAAUUGAAUGCCACUUUUAAUCGUUUUCAACCGAAAACAGCUUCGAUUGGGAAAAAUAGAUACAUAAACACUUGCUGACUUCGUAUUUGCAAUCAAAAAUGUUUAUUAUAUGAAAAGUCUAUAUUAGUAUUUCGUGUACAAUAAACUGUGCCAUUUCACUUUGUAUAUAUUCAUAAAAUGAGAAAAUAAAAAGUCA